UAAUAUUUCUACAUCAUCUCAUUACAUGGUUUACUAAAGAAGACAUUAAGUGUCGUCUUGAAUGUAACUGAGAAACGAACGAGCGAUAAGAAGGUAUAUUAUAGUCAAACCAACUGGCAAUUUAUUACAGAUAUUGCAACAUAACACUAAUGUCUUGGCAACAAUCGAGAUAAAAGCACAGACACUCUGAUCGAUUCCAUUAUAAUUUUAGUAUUGAAGAUAAAAUUCGUUUGGAUGAGAUGCUGCAGCCAACUAUAUGGCUACAUGUGACAUUGUUUAUCUCAAAUUAUUAGUACUGUGUUUAUAAAAAACCGUUUCUGGAACAGCUUGUCUUCAACUAAUUCUGGAAUAAGAGCCUUAUUAAUCUGUAUUUUCACAACCGAAAUAAGAACAGAAAAGACAAAGAAAAUAUCAAAAUGUCAAUUCCUAAAUAUUUGAGUAAUUCCGAACUAAAAACCAACCUAAGUGGACUUAACAGCGACCGCUUAAUACAACAAGUCGUCGAAGUUAUCAACAAUAGUACCUGUACCUGCAGCAAACACUCUAAUUACACAGUGACGACUCUACAAACAGCUCAGAUAAUAUUUAGUCGCGUUGUCACCCCAGUUGUAUGCGGAUUUGGCAUUAUCAGCAAUCUGUUGAAUUUCAUUGUACUAUCACAUCGGAAGCUGAACCAGUCGCCAUACACAUAUCUCCAACUUCUAGCAGUCGCUGAUUUUUGUGUUUUGUUCUUGACAUUUUUCUACAACACUGUAUCACAAGGAUCUGGUAACAAAAGUUAUUUUUGGAAGAUUUAUGACAGUAAAAUUUUCUUUCCUGUCGUUAAUAUCUUUGUGACAUCAAGUAUUUGGUUGACAAUGGUUUUGACAAUCGAUCGGUUCCGAUUUGUACGAUAUCCGUUCCAUGCAAAGACAUUAUGUAAACGAAGUUAUGCUAUCCUUAAGUCAGCUAUCGUGUUUUUUGCUUCAUCUUUAGAAAAUCUGCCAAAGUUCUUUAUGUUCUAUGUUGAACUUGAUAGCUCGGGUGAUUGCUACACAACACAGUUAUCAACGUUUUUCUCAAAUACCGAGUCACUCAUUAUCCGGUGGUUUCAUAUUCUCCUGGUCAAUGCCAUCCCACUGGUCACAUUAACCUUUAUUAAUUUUUAUCUUGUGUAUGCUGUUCACCAAGCACAGAAGCUGCGCCGUUGUAUGCAAGCAAAGGGCCGUCAAAGUUCGUCAGUCACGGACCAACAGCGUAUGACAGUUACACUUAUAAGCAUAACGUUCCUAUUCAUCAUUUGUACAACAAUGUCAGCCUUCGUCAAUCAAGUUAUUGCUGUUGCAUUUUAUGGAGGUCCACAGACUGUAAAAACACCUCUCUUCAAAUUUUUGCGAGCAUUUUCGAAUUUUCUGAUGACAGUCAACCACUCCAUGAAUUUUGUGAUGUACUGUGCUUUCAACCGAAAGUUCUGCCGUGUCUUCCGCAUGACCAUUCACAGGUGGUGUUCAGUGUUUGGUAAAUUUUCUAGAAGUAAGUCUGAUACAAUUGAACACAUAUAAAAAAAAGGCAGACGUUAAAAAGUGAAUUCAAAUAAUAAAAAAGUGCAAAAUACAAAAGCAAAACGGAAUAAAAACAGGAAAAAAAAGCGGACCAGAAAAAGAUAAAGAAACAAUAUGAACUGAAAACAAUUUGAUAAGUUAUUGUAUAAAACUGCCCAAAAUACAGAAACAUUAUGCAUUCUAUGUCUUCUCUUUUAAUGUUCCAGGUAGAAGACAACCACCUCUCAACCAUCACUCUUCUCUUCUUCGUAUUUUCAUUUUCUCUCGCUUUUUAAAUCUCUCACUCACUCUGUCACAUAUUCUUUCAGUAAACUUUACCUCUUUUCAUAUCAUCUAUACUAUAAUGCUUACAUUUGCAAUUUUAAAUUCGCAAUAUCAUUUCCAUCUUUAA